AUGAGGCUCCUCUCGGCACCGGCCUUGGCGGCCGCCGUGGCUACCGGCGCAUCGGCCCUGAGCGCCGCGGAAUGGCGGACUCAGACGAUAUACCAGGUGGUUACCGACCGGUUUGCGCGGACCGACGGCUCGACGACGCACCCGUGUGUCGACUCGGAGCAGACGUACUGCGGCGGCACGUGGCAGGGUAUCAUUCAGCAGCUCGACUACAUCCAGGAGCUCGGUGCGACGGCAGUGUGGAUUUCGCCUUUUGUCAAGAACAUUGACGGCAAAUCCGCUGACGGCGAAUCGUACCAUGGAUACUGGACCAAGGAUAUCUGGAAUGUCAAUCCUUCCUUUGGUACCCCUGAGGACCUGAGAGCCCUGUCUGAUGCGGUCCACGCUCGUGGCAUGUACCUCAUGGCCGACGUCGUCACCAACCACAUGGCUUGGAUUGGAAAGAUGAACAGCGUCGACUACUCCACGUUCAGUCCCUUCAACAACGCCUCUGCCUACCACACGCCCCCCUGCUGGAUCAACUACGACAACCAGACCUCUGUUGAGAGGUGCUGGCAGGGAAGUGAUGCCGUCCCCUUGCCUGACCUCCGCACCGAGGAUGGCAUCGUCCGCCAGGUCUUCAACAACUGGAUCAAGCGCAUGGUCAGCCAGUACGGCUUUGACGGCCUCCGUCUGGACAGCGCCAAGCACGUUGAGAAGUCGUUCUGGUCUGGCUUCGAGACCGCCGCCGGCGUGUUCUCAAUCGGCGAGGUGUUCCACGGCGACCCCAAGUACGUCGCGCCGUACCAGGACUACAUGGGCGGGGUGAUGAACUACCCCGCCUACUACUGGAUCACGCAGGCCUUCCAGUCGACGACGGGCAGCAUCUGGAACCUGCGAGACGGCAUCAAGACGCUCGGCUCCACGGCGCGCGACCUCACGCUCUACGGCAGCUUCCUCGAGAACCACGACCAGGCGCGCUUCCUCCACUCGACCGCCGACAUGGCCCUGCUCAAGAACGCCCUCACCUUCACGCUCCUCAUGGACGGCAUCCCCGUCAUCUACCAGGGCCUCGAGCAGGGCUACAAGGGCGGCGAGACGCCCUACAACCGCGAGGCGCUCUGGCUGUCGGGCUACACCACCCAGACGGAGCAGUACCAGUGGAUCAAGAAGCUCAUCGGCCUGCGCUCCACCAUGUCGGCCCAGGACGGUGGCUACCUCUUCUACAAGGCGCUGCCCAUCUACACGGACAGCCACAUCAUCGCCAUGCGCAAGGGCUUCGACGACGCCCAGGUCGUCAGCGUGUACGCCAACGUCGGCGGCAACAGCACCUUCGGCGUGGCCCUGGGACAGGCGGAGACGGGGUUCCGCCCGUGCAAGCUCAUCAUGGAGAUCACAAAGUGCAAGCCGUUCGUGACAGACUCGAGCGGCGUGCUCCAGGCGCACAGCGGCACCGGAGAGCCGCUCGUGUUCGUCCCGGCCGAGCGGGUCAUGGGGACGGGUAUCUGUCCUGGCGGCAUAGGCAAGCCACCUCCUCCUUCGCGUGCCCGUCGCAGCACCAGCAGUGAAUCCCCGUCCGCGACGGCCACGAUCGCUUUUGAGAGGACUGAUUAUAACUUAGAUUACAUAGGACGUUUUAAUAACAUGACUUCAUCCUGCUGA